UUGUUCCUCAAGCUUUCAUUUGCACCACUUCAUAGACACAUUAAUUUGUUUCUUUGCACAUUAUAUUGCUAACAGGCAUGGAUAGUGGUGGAUUCUUCAAAUCCAACGUUAUGAAUGUUGCAAAAAGCAUAAAGAAGACUGGGAAAGAUGACCCUAGACGAGUGAUUCACUCGUUAAAAGUGGGACUCGCUCUCACUUUGGUCUCAUUGUUCUACUACUCAAGGCCUCUUUAUGACGGUUUCGGAGUUGCCGGAAUGUGGGCGGUUCUUACCGUCGUUGUAGUCUUCGAAUUCACCGUAGGUGGAACUCUAAGCAAGGGUCUAAAUAGAGGAUGUGCCACACUAUUAGCCGGUGCUUUAGGGGUUGGAGCUCAGCAUUUAGCUAUUGCUUUUGGAAAAAAGGGAGAACCCAUUGUCCUUGGAGCCCUUCUUUUCAUUCUAGCGGCAGGGGCAACGUUCUUGAGAUUUUUCCCAAGAAUCAAGGCAAGAUAUGACUAUGGAGUGGUGAUAUUUAUAUUGACGUUCAGUUUAGUAACAGUGUCAGGAUUCAGAGUGAAUGAGAUAUUGGAGCUUGCUGAGCAGAGACUCUUAACAAUCUUGAUUGGUGGAGCCACAUGCAUGGUUGUCUCAAUAUUGGUUUGUCCAGUUUGGGCGGGUCAAGAGCUUCAUAACUUGGUUGCUUCCAACAUACAAAAGCUUGCCAAUUACCUUGAAGGAUUUCAAGCAGAAUAUUUUCAAGACAAACAAAAAUCUAAGUCAUCUCUUCAAGGAUAUAAAAGUGUUCUUGGUUCUAAAGCAUCUGAAGAGUCCUUGGGGAAUUUGGCGAGGUGGGAGCCUGGACAUGGAGCUUUUCGUCUUCGUCAUCCAUGGAAGCAGUACUUGAAGCUUGGUGCACUUGCUAGAGAAUGUGCUUACAAAAUUGAAACUCUCAACACCUAUCUUAACCCUGAAAUCCAAGAAUGUAUGGAAUUAAGGUGUAAAUUUGAAGAACCAUGCAAAAUAAUGAGUUCAGAGUCAAGCAAAGCACUGAAGGCAAUAUCUUCAUCAAUGAAAACAAUGACGGCUCCUUCCGCCGCUAAAUGCCACAUAGAAAAUUCUAAAACUGCCACUAAAUUACUCAAAGUUGCACUGGAAACAAUUUCACUAGAGGAUGCUCAACUCAUAGCUAUAAUCCCAGUGGUCACCAUUGCAUCAAUACUAGAAGAAAUCACUAAGACAGUUGAAAAGGUUUAUGAUUCGGCUUCCGAGCUUUCUAAUUUAGCGCAUUUCAAGAACGUUGAAUCAAAUGUCUCGCCGGAGAAGCAGCCACCACCGCACCUACUCCACCGUGGCACCAUAAACCCUCUUGUGGUGGACAUUGCUAAUAAUAAUAAUAAUAAUAAUAAUAAUAAUAAUAAUAAUGACCAAAUUGAAAUAACUAUCCAUGACAUAAUAAGUUCUGAAUCGCCUGAAAAGGUAGAAAAUGCACCACCAAAAUCUUGUGCAGAAAAUGCACAAUCAAACUCUUGUGCAGUUGUAAAUAUAAUUGUAUGUCAUUAAUUAACUACUUGAGUGAAUAGCAUCCAACGAAAAAUUUUACUUACAAAAAUAAUUUGUUUACUUGGCAUUUUUAUUAAACAAGAAAAAGAAGAAGUAGCAGCUAAUGGCUAUGAUCUCAGCCCCAUUUUGGUGCUUUGCUUUUCAUGUUGUAUGAGAAGACUUUUGUUUAUGUAUUUGUUUU